CAGUAGAGAUGACACAUGACAGUAACCGUGUUCAGUAAUACAAAAGCGGCACAAAUAGAACGUCAAUAUUUUUUUAAAGUUCCGACAAUAUUUCGUUUGUUUUUUUUUCAUCAGUUUCAGAAUGUCUCUGCGUUUUUGUGCUAAUUUAAAUUUUCUCUUUUGUGAAAAUGGUCCUAAUAUCUUUGAAAAAUUUCGUUUGGCAAAAGCAGCUGGUUUUCGUGGAAUCGAAUUGGCUUGUCCAGAAGAGUUGAGCAGCGGAGAAGUGGUUGCUGCACUCAAAAACAACGGACUUGAAGUCGCACUGCUUAACAUGAGUACGGGUACAAAGCCAGAGGCGGCGAAUGGUUGCGCUUCUUUGCCAAAUUUUGAAAAUGAAUUCCGUGCCAAUUUUCUACGCACAAUGGAGUAUGCAAAGGCUUUUAAUUGCAAAAAAAUCCAUAUUUUGGCCGGAAAGCCACCAACAUUGGGUGCACCUGAAAAUGACGAGACUUACUUAAGAAAUUUGCAAUUUGCAGGUGAACAAUUGGAAUCGACUGGUAUUAUUGGUGUGAUUGAGCCGAUCAAUAAUUAUAGCCUUCCCGGAUAUUAUUUGAGCAGCUAUGAGAAAGCACUUAAUAUUUUGAAAAAAUUGAAUAAUAGCAAUAUCAAGUUAUUGAUGGAUCUGUUUCACCUACAGCUCAUAAAAGGCAACAUAACGAACACAUUGAAUGAUUUGAAAUCACACAUUGGACAUGCUCAAGUUGCACAGCCACCUCAUCGUAGUGAACCGAAUACUGCAGGCGAAGUGAACUUCAAAUAUGUGUUUAAGGUGUUAGAAAAUGUUGGAUAUAAUGAUUGGGUCGGCUGUGAAUAUAAACCAACAACCAAUUCGAAAGACAAUCUCGGAUGGAUACAGGAAUGGGGAUAUUCAUUUUAAUCAUAUUCAGCCAUCGGCCAAAAUUUAAUUAUGCAGGACCAACAUCACAGGCAGACACUUACCGCAUACACAAACAUGCAUUUAAUCCUUUGAGAUAAAUUUCCAAAUUUUUUGUCAUCAUUUUUUUGUUGUUCACAAAGAUUAUGAAUAAAUUUUUAUGUCUAAGGAUAACCCGGA